AUGUCCGCCGCUGCUCUGCAGGUCCGCUUGAAGGAGCUCUCCGCCGCACUCGGCCAGAUCCAACCGCUCGUUGAUCGCCUACGCAAUUUCACGGCAUCUGUUGGUCAAGGCGAUGAAGCGCGCUUGGAACUCGGUGCAGAAAUCCAUUCACAACUAAAAGAUGCAGAGGGAGACUUGGAGCUACUGCGCGGGGACAUUGAGGCGCUAGACGCUGGGUACUAUGGCAGGAGGAAAUCUGCUUCUGCUGGUGGUGAUAAGGAGGCGGAGAGAGAGCGAGUAGUCGCUAUGUGUGGGAGACUAGCAGAGGAAAUGAAGAGGACCCGUGUAGAAUUUCGUACCGCUCAAUUACAGGCAAAACGAAAUGCCGAGCUUGCGAAGCGCAAGGAGCGCGAGCUGUUGCUGAUGAGGUCGCAUACCGCUUCCGAAAAAACCACUCCAUCACAAAAGCUUACGCAAGAUGACUUGAUUUUGAAUGCGUCUAAUGAUGUGACUGCGGCUCUGCGCCGGACGCACACUCUGAUGCAGGCAGAGCUCUCACGAAGUCAAUUCGCCCAAGAAACUCUCGAGCAAUCCACUGCCGCUAUCUCCUCGCUGUCCGAAUCGUACAGCAGCCUCGAUACGCUUCUUGCCAACUCGCGCAGCCUCGCCAACUCUUUACUCCGCUCGCAAAAAUCUGACACAUGGUACUUGGAAACAGCUUUCUAUAUCCUCGUUGGCACCAUUUCGUGGUUAAUUUUCCGUCGUGUUCUUUACGGUCCAAUGUGGUGGCUGGUGUGGCUCCCGGUGAAGCUCAGUAUGCGAUUCAUGCUUGUGGUCUUGGGCGCUCUCGGCAUCUCCAAGGGGACAACUGAGCUUGUACCCGACUCAAUGCCUACAGACGUUACAGCGACAAUGCAUCAAGCUGCGACAGCCAUGACAGGAGGGCCGGUUCUCGUCGGUGACGAAUUAAUGGAAAAUGACGAGGCUGACGAGGCUGAGCAAGAUCGCAUCAUCGAUCAGAUUGGCCGAAUGGUUGAGAAUGGCAAAUGGGACGGCGCUGAUAUCAACGAGGACUCCAUUGAAGAGCUUGAGGCUGACGAGAAUAUCAUCCCCAACCCUAAGAAACGCAUGUACGAGGGGGAAAUUGUUCGGGAUGAGCUCUGA